CAAAUCGAGAUCUGCUAUUGCAGUAGUUUUUACAAGUUUAUUUACCAACGUUUUUGUUGCUUAGUUACCAAAUCAAUUUCACGUCCUGAAACGUAAAAACGAUUGUUUUUAUAGUAGGCUAUUUUGUUUAUUUGUUACUUUGUCCAUAUUAUUUUGUGCAUUAAAUGUUUUUGUCAGUUAUCACCAUUAUGAAUAUUGCCAAUGAUUUUACUAAAAUAAAUAAAUAAAUAUUUUUUUAUUUUGCUACAGUAGCCUAGCCGUACUGUAUGUGGUUGUUCAUUGGCCCACUUUUACUAUAAUAAACCCUUGGCUUUUUUAUUUCACUUCACUAAUUUAAUUUCAAGUUUAUUAUAUAAUUAUUAGUCCUUCCGUCACUUUCCGUAUGACUAACCUCUGUGACUUUUGCCUGCUUAUUUAUAAUGUUCUUACACGCGUUAUGAUUUAUAUGACAUUCCUGGUUUUGCCUGGUAGUUUUGUUUUGUUUUGUUAUUGUUAUAUUCAUAAUAACACAACAAACACAACUGGAAAAUGUUCCCACGCUCUCAUCCGUACGACUUCAUGCAGCGAUGCGCAAGUACCGCGAGAGCGAUUCGAAAGCAGACCGACCAGUGCGCUCUCCAGUCGCUCUCGCGGUACUUUGAUGUCGGCAGCUUCUUCGCGUUUUCGUCACUCGUCACAUGAUAAUGCGGAAGUUUUGCGCGUGAAAGACUCGGCGCAUCAAGAAGCGGAGCGUCUGUGCUUUUGACACAUAAAUGGUCAGGAUGACACAGAAACGUUACCUGGAGGGACAGGUGUACUCUGUACCUCUGAUCCAGCCGGACCUCAGGAGAGAAGAGGCUGUGCAUCAGAUCACUGAGGCUCUGCAGUAUCUGGAAAUCAUAUCAACAGACAUCUUUACCAGGGUGUCCCAGAGCGUGGAGAAGAACCGUGCACAUCUUCAGUCCGUCACAGACCGGAUCAAACUGGCUCAGGCCAGGGUCCAGAAGAUCAAAGGAAGCAAGAAAGCCACAAAGGUAUUCUCCAGCGCCAAAUAUCCCGCUCCAGAGAAACUGCAGGAUUAUUCUUCUAUUUUUGCCGGUGCUGUUGAUCCCGCCUCCCAAAAGCGUCCUCGCUUUAAAGUUGAGAGCAAGCUCCGCCCACUGGAUGACAAGGCCCUACAGGAGAAGUUGAUGUAUUUGCCAGUGUGUGUGAACAGCAAGAAGCGUUCUGAGGAUGAAACAGAAGAAGGUUUGGGAAGUUUGCCGAGAAAUGUGAACUCUGUCAGCUCCUUGUUGCUGUUCAACACAACAGAAAACCUUUAUAAGAAAUAUGUGUUUCUUGACCCUCUGGCGGGCGCUGUGACUAAAACACACAACACACUGGAAACCGAAAAGGAGGACAAACCGUUCGAUGCACCGCUGUCAAUCACCAAGAGAGAGCAGCUUGAGAGACAGACUGCAGAGAAUUAUUUUUAUGUACCAGAUCUGGGUCAAGUGCCAGAGAUCGAUGUGCCAUCUUACCUGCCUGACCUACCCGGCAUCGCUGAUGACCUCACGUACAGCGCUGACCUCGGCCCGGGGUUCGCACCAUCCGUUCCUUCCAGUACCAGCAUCCCGGAGCUGCCCUCUUUUGGCACAGAACAUGAUGAAUCUAGUGGAUCCGACUCUCAAUUCAGACUUGAGGCUCCUCCCCCUCCUCCUCCUCCACCACCCCCCCCACCAGAGCCCAUCCAUGCAUCAGCCCCGCCCCCUGGAUCGUCUUCAGCCGCACCCCCUCCGCCCCCGCCUCCACCUGCACCAGCCAACACUGCUGAUACAGGUCAAACUCCACCCGCAGGUACGGUUAAAGGCGCCCCCACUGAAGUGCUCCAGCCGUCGGACGGGCGAGCCAGUCUGCUGGAGUCGAUCCGGAAUGCCGGCGGUAUCGGCAAAGCCCAACUCCGCAACGUGAAGGAGCGCAAAAUGGAGAAGAAAAAACAGAAGGAACAAGAGCAAGUCGGGGCAGCGGUCAGUGGUGGAAACCUCAUGUCUGAUCUCUUUAAUAAAUUGGCAAUGCGCAGGAAAGGUAUCUCUGGCAAGGUUCCAGGGGGCGGAGACUCAACAGAAGCACCCAGCAGCUCGGGCGGAGCAUUUGCCAGGAUGUCAGACGUGAUCCCGCCCCUUCCAGCACCACAGCAACCAGCCGCAGAUGAUGAGGAUGACUGGGAGGCGUAACCGUGGUGACCCAGGGUCAGAUUAUUUUGUAGGACGACACGAUAUCGUCACUCCAAGGACAGCUGUGGACGAGUCAUUUUGCCAGAUUUACAUUGCUUACGUAUUUUAAAGUUCUGUGAAUGUACGGAAAUGAAGAUGUGGUGGAAAUCUAGCUGGAAAGAAUACACUGAAACUGAUUCAAUUCAUAAAUCCAAUACAUUUUUCAGUUUUUAUGCCUCAAAUGGCUUGAAAAAAAUACCAUAUUUAAUUUGAUGUGAAAUUACAGUAGAUUUUAUCAUAAUGUCCAACCCGAGACUCCGCAAUCAACAACAUGACACGUCUGCAGAACGUAUUUCUAUGUAAAUCUAUUUUGGAAAACGUUCCUAUGCACGCUGUCACGUUCAACAGUUUACAUAAGAAUUGCUUUUAUGAAUUAUUUACAGAGAAAUUCAUUCAUUCAGCCAUCAGGCUUGUACUUCAACCCAAUUUCAUAUUUAUAUACAGAAGAAUGUGUUUUGUGUUUUUUACAUCGUCUAAAUUAAACACUCAUCUCUUGCGUUCUGCAGCUUUAGUACAGUUUAAAAUAAACUAUGUGCGUUAUAAAUCAAGCAUUUAAAUCACAAAAACCAGAAGCUUUAAUCAAAAUCAAGAUCUCGGAAUGAACUUAGAAACGUUGAACUUCAGAACCUGAGGACAGAGGUGCAACUGAAUAUUUAACACGUCCUGAGUGCAAACACACAUUCAUAAUGCAGAACGCACAACUGGUACUUCAACACGCGCAGCCGAUGAGAUCUGUUCAGAGCGACGGCCUCUGGCGCUUCUCCAGGAAAAACUGUGGAGGAAUCAAAUAAAUGAUUAGACUGUGAACAUACUGCCAGCAAACAUGCUCGUCCUGACAGCAUCCGCUCAUUACAACAGAGAGCACAGCUGGAGAACACCGAGUCACAUUAACAACUGUCUGUCUCAUUAAAACAUCACACAGCUGGAUAGACGAGCACAUGAUACGACUGCAUUC